AUGUGGCUGUUGAGGGUUACUCUUGGGGAGUUUGAUGUUUUCAAAGAAAGAGUGAAAACUGAUACCAUUAGUGGUGAUAUGCCAAAUGUUGCCCUUUUCGAUGCCAACGGUCGACGUAUUGGGUUUAAAAAUGGAGAGAAGCAUGGGAAGGUUAAAAGCGGCCAGGGAUAUGAUAUUACAGUCGAGCCUUUCGAGUCUGACAACAGGAAGGAUCCGGAGUAUGUCACCAUAUCAGCUUCAAGAAGCGAUGCCAUUUGUAUUGCAGCGGUUACCGUCACUGGUGCAGACCAAGAGCGAUCUGCCUGCAUUUGGAUCAGUAACAAUGGCCGUUUUCCAAUGGGAUUUUUGAUACACAUACCAGACUUUUCUCAUGAAGAGCUGCUGCCUCAAUUCAAGUACAAGAAAGAAACGGUAUGCAAUAGUGAACCACGGCAGCAUUUCUACAAGGACAUCAACGAACUGCAGUGUCCCCCGGUCUUUAAAGAAUUCCCCAAGUUUGACGAAGAAACUGGAUAUAAAAAUAACACUCAAGUCUUGCUCAACGGAGUGACAACUUGCAAGCCAGCGAUUGGGGAGGAAGUUAGCGACGAGGAUUUGUCACGGCUGAGGAAAGGAAUAAAGAAUCACUCAAGAAUAGGUAGUGAAUCGUGGACUUAUGGGGUGAAGAGAAACCAGAUCUUCAAGAGGAAGGACUGGAAACCUUUGGGGUGCGAUCUGAAGAAUGCAGUUGUUGUUUCUAAAGGCUACACAGCACGGGCUAUUUGCGAACACCCUACCUCCGCGGCCCCGACUAUGGGAACAAGAAGGGCUGUUCUGUGA